AUGAUGCAUCCAGCCUCCCCCACCAAACAGCUAAAGUGGACCAAGUCCUCCAAGGGAACUACUGCUGCUUCUUCUGCUGCUUCUUCUGCUACUGCUUCUAUUCAACAACAACAACAACCACAACAACCACAACUUAGCAAAGAAGAAUGGUUGCAUCACGUCUACUUUGCUGGAGCCUGUCUGGUGGCCAAAACUGUAUUUUCAUCUCUAUUAAGACUUGUUACUAGAAAGGGUUUGUCCUUGUUGAACUUUUGGUAUCCCUUUUUGGCCACCCUGGCUUGUGUGCAUCACGAACGUCAUCCAACUGCGUCAAACGAUGGCAACAACAAGAAGAAGAAGAACAAGUCAACGGCAUCCUCGAUAGUGUCGAGCUUGGACACUACUAUCAUCAACAAUAGCAACAGCAAUAGCAAUGAUCAUUCCUAUUGGGUCCAAUAUUGGACGCUCUAUGCCUUGGUACAAGCCUUGGAUCAUGUUCUACUGCAACUUGCCUUGGUGAUCUUUCAACGUCAAUCCAGCAUUGCCUUGCGGAAUCAAUGGAUGGCCGAAUGGAAUUUCUUUUUCACGAUUUAUUUGUUACUGAUUCCAUCGGGAGCCUCCUUUUGUCACUCCUUGGCCAAACCUUACAUUUUGCAAGGGUAUGCCAAACUAUCCGAGGCCGUCAGUCAAGAAACUUGGAAAGUAAUGGUGACGACCAGGGCCGAACAACUUUUGGAAUUAUUGGUGACUAUGCAUCUGUUGGAAGUGUAUUGGAAGAGUCUCAUUUUGGGUAUUUUGCAAGAAUCCCGUACCAUUAUUGUACCAGCAGCGCUUACCUUGUUGCCGCUGACGCCGUCCCUCUUUACACGAUUGGGAGUGGUAUAUUCACAAUUCCUCUUGCCCAUUGGAAAGUCCACUUUGGACAACAAAAAUACAAAUGUCAACAGCACCAGCAACAACAACAACAACAACAACAACAACAAUGAUAAGGACCAUCAAUUGCACAUUUUGCAAUAUUGGAUUUUGCAUUCCUUGGUGGCCAUUGGGUUUCAGGCACUGCGAUAUUUUUGGUGGAUUCCCUUUUAUCAUCAUGGCAUGUUUUUGUUUUGGGCCUACCUUUCGUUCGAUGCGACGAUUGCGCAAUACUAUACCAUUUUGGAAUUGGACCUCAUUUCCUUGGGACUCUUGCCAGGGGAUGCUAGUAUAAAGGUGGGAGUCCACGAGACUCAAACGGUACAAUUGCUCACUGCCAUUGCCAAGAAGAUUCCAAGUGCAGAUCGUGCCGAAUUGGAAAAAUUGAUACAACAGGGCAAUGGUCUUGUUGGUAAUCAUGGGAAUGCGAAUGGCGGUCAACAGUCAUCGGUCGUGUUGACGAGUCGACAAGUGCAACAAUCACAAUCACAAUCACAACAACAAAAAGGAGGAUUGCAAUGGUCCCAAGAACGAUCCCAACAGCGGGUGGUGACGGUAGUACAACAACAACAGCAGCAACAACAACAGCAACAACAACAACAACAGCAGCCAGUACUCGAACAACGAGAACCACAAGAUGUGACGAAUCAAUUGAAAUCGUUGAUUCGUCAAUUGCCCAUUGAAGAUCAAGCAGAUUUGGAUGACGAAAAAACAAAGGAACUCUUGGAAAUGCUCAUGAAACAAUUGAAACGGCAAGAAGAAAAGGUUAUUGUGCAAGAAGUAGUCGAAAAUGAAGAAGAAGAAUUUGAAGAAGAAAUAGAAACGACCAAUUCGUCGUCACCAUUGUUGAAAGACUCCAAAAAUGUGCGACUCGUGACGCACUCGAUGAGUGGACGGCAAAUCAAUCAUCCACCACCCAGCUCCUCCUUUUCUAGUACUGCUAGAACUGUCAGUACUACUAGUACUAGUAGUACUAGCGGUAGUAGUGGAGAUAUAUUUUAUGACAGCAACGCCCAUCAUCAAAGUCGGCGGUCCAUACCACCAAGACAACGAGAAGAAAGUUUUCACUCGGCCAAUAUGGAUUUGGAAAUUCCUCCAUCGUCUUCGACAAGAGAAAGUACGGCGUCGUUGAAUACAAUGUCCACCACAACGUCGGAUAGCAAUCAAUAUCAUAAAUAUUCCAUUGAGGAAGAAUCGGAAGAAGAAGAAGAGGAACCAGAAGAAACAACAACAAGGACCCGAGUAUCAAAUUUUGAUGGCGUCGUUGUGGACACGAAAAGUACUGGUAGCAAUAGUAAGGAAGCCGCCGCCCCAUCCCCCGGUCGAUUGGCCAUGGAGCCACGUCGCUUGAAACGAGAACGAGUCAGUUAUACCAAAGAUCAAGACCAUCAGCAAAGCUCUGGUUCGUUGGUAUCGCGGUUUGUAGGAUCGAUAGAAGCCAAGCACAGGGCACGACGAAAAGACAAGAGGGAAAAAAUCUUGGAAAAGAAAAAGAAGGAGCGGCUCAAGAAAAGUUCCUAG